AUGUCGAAGAAAUCCACCAAUCUUGGACAGGUAACCGCCGUACCGGCGCCAGAUGAUGCAGGGGCAGGUAACGCUAGUGUCAUAGUUGUACCUACAACCAAUCCCGUCGGCUUGGUUCCGCCUCCCAGCAUAACGCAGGUAAAUUCGAGUCUAGUUAGAGCGCAAUCGGCACCAAUAGUUCAAAAUACUGGUGCGUACCCGAAGGCACAAGACUCCGACGCUGUCGGCAACAAGCCAAGGUCAAUUCCGUCCGCGCCCGAAGUUAGACGAAAUCCGGUUCGCGAAGUCAGAAGGAAACUCGAUUUCCAUUGUCAGUUGUGUAGUAAUCGUGACAGUGAUCAAAUGGUGCAGUGUGAUGGCUGUAAGCAGUGGUUCCACUAUGAGUGUGUGGAAGUUACGGAUGACGUUGCGAACGUGUCCUGGAUCUGUCCUAUUUGCAAUACCGCAAAGGAUUCAACACCAACAGCGAUUAAUCCCCCCACCAGUGCCAACACCAACCAGAGUCAUCACGACAUGACGAGUGUGCAACAGCAAAGACAGGGCGAACCAACUAAGAAUAACGUUGGCGCUGGUCGACCGAAGAGUAAUGCGGGUUCAGGCAGAAGUAAGGCGAGUUCAGCAAGAAGGAUGAAAGAUUUAGAGCUACAACAGCUCAAUGACGAGCAUGAGCUGGAGAAGAAGUUUCUAAAGAAGAGGUACACGAUCCUGAAGGAGUACGGUAGCGAAACGUCAUCAAUCGUCAGCGAUAGGGAGAAGAUGUCGAAGAUUGAGGAAUGGGUAAAAGAAACAGAGCGCCAUGGUGAGGAGAUCGAUUCCGGUUUAGUAGAUGAGGACACGAAUGGACAUGCAUCGAACAAGUCGAAGCAGCCACUGGAGUGCCAAACUCCGGGUCCCACUCAGAGCAACAACCAACGAUUGAAUCAUCCGGACCAACCAGGUCCGCAGUCGCAACGUGCACCUACGCACCGCCCGAGUUCCAUCGAAAAUCGAGCUUCAAACAUCCCAUCCAUGAAUCCAGGCACCUUCGUAGAUGGAAAUGAUUUCAUUCCCGGGCAACGUUCAACACCACUUCACCGGCCAGCUGUGCCACCUCUGACCGUUAACGACGAGACGGUGUGCAUCCUGAAUCGAAGUCAGCUCGCCGCACGCCAAGCGGUUUCCAAAGAUCUGCCAGAAUUUAGUAGAAAUCCGGAGGAUUGGCCGCUGUUCUUUUCGAUAUUUAACUCUUCAACUCAAAUGUGUGGGUUCUCGAACGAAGAGAACAUGUUGCGGCUGCGGAAGUGCUUAAAGGGCAAAGCCCUCGAGGCGGUAAGGUGUCGUCUACUCCAUCCAUCCAACGUAAUUGGAGUAAUGUCGACGCUGAAAAUGCUCUACGGAAGACCGGAGGCUAUUGUGCAAGCUAUUAUUCGAAAGAUUCGUUCGCUACCACCACCGAACAUGGAAAAGUUAGAAACGGUAAUAAACUUUGCGCUUACGGUGGAGAAUCUUGUUGCCACGAUUCAGGCGUGCGAGGUCAGUGAUUUCGUGUACAACUCGUCACUUCGGUACGAACUAAUCGAAAGACUUCCGUCAUCUCUCAAAAUGGAUUGGGCCAGAUUCUCUCGUGGCAAACCGAGCCCAACGCUCAUCGAUUUUAGUACAUGGUUGUACACAACGGCAGAAGACGCAAGCACAGUGAUGAUCGGUAACAACAGCAGCGAACAGCGACCUCGGGGAGGUAAAACGGACGGCUUUCUGAAUUUUCAUUCCGAGUCGGAGUCGAUAAGCGGCAUGACGGAAACGGCGGCUAAGCCCGCUGUUGUAAUUAAAGAGCAAUGCGCCGUAUGUAAGGGGAACUGUCCAUCCGUAACGAAGUGCAAGAGGUUCGAAGAAUUCAGCUACGAAUCUAAGUGGGCAACGGUGAAGGAGUGCAAGCUGUGCCGGAAAUGCCUGCGAAAGCACAACGGAUCAUGUAAGCAGUCGAAACCCUGCGGAACGAAUGGAUGCGAAUUCCUACACCACCCGUUGCUCCACAACACGCAGAAACACGAAGCUUCGAGAUCUGUGUUACCGGAAGCAGCCAGCUACCCCAACACUAAAACGGAACCGAGAACAGAUCAUAGUUGCAACAUUCACCAAGGUCAGUCGGAGAUUAUGUUUCGAAUCGUUCCGGUGAUGCUGUAUGGACCUACAAAGACGAUACGCACCUACGCGUUCGUUGAUGAUGGAUCCGAGCUCACUCUAAUGGAGCAAAGCCUCGCUGAUGAGUUGGGCGUGCAAGGACCGAUAAGAUCAUUAUGCCUAAGGUGGACCGGCGGAACACAGAAAAUGUCGCAGUCUCAACAGGUCAACCUGCAGAUCUCCGGUGUGCAUAGCUCGAAGAGGUACGAGCUAUCAGGAGUGUACACGAUGUCCUCCCUGCAAAUUCGUCCGCAAACACUGCUGCUUCCGGAACUUCAGAAGAGGUAUCCUUACCUGGAAGGAUUGCCUCUUGAAUCGUAUAACGACAUUAGCCCUCGAAUUCUCCUCGGUCUAGAUCACGCUAGGCUUGGCCAUGCCGUCAAAAGUCGAGAGGGUCACGACAACGAACCUAUCGCUGUCAAAACACGUUUAGGGUGGAUGGUAUUCGGAAAUUGUUCCAACGCGAAGGAAACUGAACGGUACGUGAAUUACCACAGCGUGAAAAGCUGCGAAUGCAACAAAGAUUCCGAUGAGGAUCUACACAAGAUGGUGAAAUCAUACUUCUCGCUCGAUAGUCUCGGAGUCGUCAAGCCGGAUAAGCUAUUGAUGUCGCAGCAGGAUCAACGAGCACAGAUGCUCCUAGAAACUCAUACCCGUCGGACAAGUGCCGGCCGAUACGAAUCCGCCCUCCUCUGGAAGUACGAUAAUGUUCGGCUUCCGGACAGUGGAGCCAUGGCGUUGAAGCGGUGGAGAUGCUUAGAAAAUCGUAUGAAGAAGGAUCAUGCCCUGGCCGAUGCGAUAAAGUCGAAGAUCGACGACCACGUUAGCAAGGGCUACGUCAGGAAGUUAAAUCCAGAAGAACUCCAGAUUUCCAGAUCUCGCGUGUGGUAUCUUCCAAUCUUUCCGGUCGUCAACCCAAACAAACCCGGUAAGAUGAGACUGGUAUGGGAUGCAGCGGCCACCGUCCACGGAGUGUCGCUCAAUACCUUUCUACUGAAGGGACCUGACCAGCUGACAUCGCUUUUUUCCGUGCUGGUACAAUUUAGAGAGUUCCGGGUUGCGGUGAGUGGAGACAUCCGCGAGAUGUUCCACCAGGUACUAAUGCGGGUAGAGGACCAGCACUGCCUGCGUUUCUUCUGGAAAGACGACGAUCGUGCGACGCAGCCGAGUAUUUUCGUAGUACAGGUAAUGACCUUCGGAGCCUGUUGUUCGCCAAGCACAGCGCAGUACGUGAAAAAUAGUAACGCAAAGCGGUUCGAGCGGGAUUAUCCGGAAGCGGUUGAUGCAAUAGUCAAGCGUCACUAUGUGGACGACAUGCUCGUGAGCGUUGAAUCCGCGGAAGAAGCAAUCCAGCUGGUGCAGGACGUGAAAAGAAUUCACACGUCAGCCGGCUUCGAAAUGCGGAACUGGAUAUCGAACUCCGAUAGUGUGUUGGCCGCGAUUAGUGAAAAAACCACCAAGGAGAAAAAUCUUGACAUUGGCGACGAAUGCGCCACCGAAAAGGUGCUCGGGAUGUGGUGGGAUACCUCGAAGGACUGCUUUACCUACAAGGUUUCGGCCCGAUAUGACCAGGAGCUCAUGCUAGGGAACCGUCGACCAACGAAAAGAGAGGUUCUUCGUACGCUGAUGAUGGUGUUUGAUCCACUGGGGCUCAUCGCACACAUAUUGAUGUUUCUGAAGGUGUUGCUUCAGGAGAUCUGGCGAACGACGGUUGGCUGGGAUGAUCCAAUUGAGGACCCCCAGUACGACAAAUGGCUAUCGUGGCUGGCAGUAUUCCCACGGAUCGCAACGAUUGAGGUUCCGCGUUGUUAUCGUACGCUAGCGUCCGUAGAUUCCGUAGUGCAGAUGCAUACAUUCGUCGAUGCAAGCGAGAAUGGAUUUGCAGCUACGGUAUACCUUCGAUUUGAAAAUGACGAGACCGUCGAAUGUGCGUUGGUCGGCGCCAAAACAAGAGUCGCGCCGCUUAAGUUUUUAUCUAUUCCCCGUUCCGAAUUGCAAGCAGCAGUCAUUGGCGUGCGUCUUGCGGAUUCGAUAUUGAAAUCGCUUUCAAUCCACGUUAGGCAGCGAACGUUCUGGACAGAUUCGAAGGAUGUACUCUGCUGGAUCCGUUCAGAUCACCGGCGAUUUAGCCAGUUUGUAGCAUUCCGCAUUAGCGAAAUCCUCGAAACGACAGAUGUAGUUGAGUGGCGAUGGGUGCCGACGAAACAUAACGUUGCCGACGAAGGGACGAAAUGGAAGCGAGCGCCUGACCUAGCGAGUAACAGCCGUUGGUUCCGUGGGCCGGAAUUCCUACGUCACAAGGAAGAAGAUUGGCCGGUGGAUCCGUUUUCUGGGAGAACGACGGAAGAAGAACUUCGACCGCAUCUGCUUAUUCACAGUUUACCCAGUGAUCCGCCAAUUCGUACACAAAACUUCUCGAAGUGGUCCAAGCUGCUACGCGUAACGGGAUAUGUUCUACGGUACAUUAACAAUCUCAAACGUAGCUGCUAUGGGAAGCCACGCGUACUUGGGCCGUUGCAGAAACAGGACUUCAUCGACGCAGAAAAUCACCUGUACCGCUGUGCACAGUUAACUGCCUUCGCAGAGGAAACCGCCAUCCUCGCAAAGAAUCGUUCGUUGUCGAAUCCAGUGAAAACGAUUCCUAGAUCUAGUUUACUCUAUCAGUGGUGUGCCUUCCUGGAUGAAAAUGAUGUACUACGUGUCAAAGGUCGCACGAAAGCAUGCGCAUUCAUCGCUAGAGAUGCAGCUGAACCAGUAAUUCUUCCGCGGGAUCAUCAUGUUACCCGCCUCAUCAUCUCAUCAGUCCAUGAAAGGUUCAACCACCAGAACCACGAAACAGUGAUUAACGAAAUACUCCAACGCUACCGUAUUCCUCGCCUGAAAGCAGCGUAUCGCCAGAUCCGGAAAGACUGUCAGAUGUGCAAAAUCCUUCUCGCUAAACCACACCCUCCAGCAAUGGGUGACCUUCCUCCAGCUCGGCUGGCCGCAUUCAGUCGACCCUUCACGCACAUGGGAAUCGAUUACUUCGGUCCGAUAUCGGUGUCAAGUGGAAGACGUAUAGAGAAACGGUGGGGGGUUAUCGCCACCUGCUUAACCACUCGUGCCAUUCACCUGCAGAUCGCUUACACACUGACAACUGAAUCCUGCGUUAUGGCUAUCCGAAAUAUCAUGGUUAGGAGGGGAAUUCCUGCGAUAAUCUACAGUGAUCGAGGAACUAACUUCCGAGCUGCCAGCAAGGAGUUGCAGAGCGCAACAGCGAAAAUCGACCACGACGCCCUGAAGAGCGAGUUCGUCUCGAGCAACACGGAAUGGUCUUUCAAUCCUCCCAUCACACCUCACAUGGGUGGAGCGUGGGAACGUUUAAUCCGCAGUGUAAAGCAGAACCUCGAAGCCAUGCAGACGAGCAGACAUCCAACACACGAAGUUUUGGAAAACACUUUAAUAGAGAUCGAGAACAUCGUAAACUCUCGCCCGCUGACCAACAUUCCUGUGGAUGGAGACGAUCAUCGGGUAUUGACGCCCAACCACUUCCUGUUGGGGUCAGCUAAUGGUUUGAAAUCCUGGGUCACUCUGGACGAUAGCCCUGUCCUACUCAGGAACAGCUGGAGACAUUCGCAGGUGUUAGCAGACACCUUCUGGAAGCAGUGGGUUCGAGACUAUCUGCCCACGAUUACUCGUAGGACCAAGUGGUUCACUCCGGUGAAUCCGAUUAUGAUCGGAGAUUUGGUGAUCAUUGUUGAUUCGAAGCUUCCUCGAAAUUGUUGGCUGAAAGGUCGUGUCAUCGCUACGUGUCCGGCUCCAGACAGCCAGGUGAGAAAGGCGACGGUACAGACCGCAUCCGGCGGCAUCUACGAGCGACCAGCGGUGUCUCUGGCGGUCCUCGACGUAGGCGUAGGAAGGAAUACGCUUCAUCAGGAGCCUUCGCGCAUUCCGGGGGGGAGUGUUGGUUAUACCCCGUCGAAAUGCACAUCUAGCACCACUGCCAAUCUACACCACUGA